GGCACCUGUGGGGGAGGGUGGAGAGACUGUCCUUGAGUGAAGGACGGCGCAAUUAAAAGUGAACAAUAAAAAAUUUGUAAAAAAAACAAUUUGUGUACAGUGCUGGGGGGAGGGGCGACAAAAAAAACGUAAACAUCCCCCCUAUUACAACGUUACAUAACGAGCAAAGAAGCAGAAAUGGCCCAGAAGGUAUUGCGAAAUGUGACGCACUGCAUCUUCGACAUGGAUGGUCUGCUGCUGGACACUGAGACCCUCUACACGAAGGCCGCCCAAUUGGUGCUCGAUCCGUAUGGCAAGACGUACACGUUCGAUGUGAAGCAGCAGAUAAUGGGUCUGCAGACGCGUCCGGUGGCCGAGUUUAUGAUUAAAUGCUAUGACCUACCGUUGACAUGGGAAGAGUACGCCAAACAACAGACGGACAAUGCACGCGCCCUUAUGCGCGAUGCCAAAUUGAUGCCAGGUGCUGAGCGGCUGCUGCGUCAUUUGCAUGCGAACAAGGUGCCCUUUGCCUUGGCCACCAGCUCCGGCGCCGAGAUGGUCGAGCUGAAGAGCACACAUCAUCGCGAGCUGUUCGAUCUGUUCCAUCAUCGCGUGUGCGGCUCCUCGGACAGCGAAGUGAAGAAUGGCAAGCCGGCGCCAGAUAUCUUUUUGGUGGCCGCCAGCCGUUUUAGCGAUAAGCCCGAGCCGAAAAACUGUCUGGUGUUCGAGGAUUCACCGAAUGGCGUCGAGGCGGGCAACAGCGCCGGCAUGCAGGUGGUAAUGGUGCCCGACGAACGGCUCUCAAAGGAGCGUUGCGCCCACGCCACCCAGGUGUUGCGCUCUCUGGAGGACUUCAAGCCCGAACAGUUCGGCCUGCCGCCAUUUAUCAAUUAAUUUGUAUGUUUGACCAUUGUCGCUUAUCCGUGUACCUAGUAUAAUUACUAAGCCUAAAUACAGAUGUGUGUGCGUUAUUAGCA